GCGCAACCCCGGGGGCAUGCAGUGCUGCGAUCGGUGCCCCAGCCGUGCCACCUGUCAGUGCCCAUCAAUGUCACCCACCAAUGCCCAUCAGUGCCACAUAUCAGUACCUAUCAGUGCACAUCAAUGCAACAUAUCAGUGCCCAUCUGAGCUGCCUUUCAGUGCCACCUAUCAAUGCCAGUCAGUGCCGCCUAUCAGUGCUGCCUGCCAGUGCCCCCUAUUAGUGCUGCCUUUCAGUGCCCAUCAGUGAUG